AUGCGUUUCUUUCCGCACCCAGAUCCCCAAAUUUACUGGGAAAUUCCUUCGGCCUGGUCACUAUUCUGUCGUACACCAAAUAAAUCCUGGAAAAGGCGUCCCCUCGAAACUAAACAUACGGUUUUGUAUUGGCGCGAUUUGGAAGGCGCGAAAAUUGAAUGGAUAAUGAAGAAACAUUUGGAAUUUGAAAAUUGGCCUGACACUCGCAUACGUUUGGAAGCCUGCCUACCCAUUUAUUAUAGCGUAGGGGCGCGCUUUAUACGAUUGGAGAAGACUUUGGUUGGCUUUAAAUGCAGUGAAAUGCCGUUAAGUCUCGUCGAAGCACGUGAGGUGAAAGCUUAUUGGCGAGCAGUGGCUAGAGAAAAGCGACGACUUGCGAAAUUGAAGAAGAAGGCAGCAAAGGAAGCAAAAAAGAAAGCGGCAGCUCGAGCAGCUUUGAGAGGAUAA